AAACUGUUUGAAUACGUUUCCAUCUUAGUCCUCGACGUUCAAACUUCCAAUUAGAUCAAGAAUGAGAAAAUCCUUAUCCAUGUGAUAAUUAGUAGGUUCAUUGUAAACAAGAAGAUCAGGCGACGAUCAUGGUUGUUGAAAGAACCGUAUCGAUGGUGAAGAAGAAGCUGGAGGAUCUCGAUCGCCUUCAUGGCUACAACUUUCUGCUCCCAAAACUGAAAACCAAACUCAAGGAAGCCGUGGACAAGCUGCAUCACAUCGUCCACAUGUUGCAAACUGCCGGAUACCGCCAAGAGAGUUAUGCGAUAAAGGAGUGGACAAUUGAGAUUCUUCGAGCGGUGUAUAAUGUCGAGGACAGCAUUGACACCUUUGUUCUCAGCACUACAUCGUCCAAGCUACAACGAAGAAGAAACUUAUGUGUACCAUACGUAGUGCUUCAAGAAAUUCGAUUUCUUAACAAAAUCGAAAAGUUCAUGGAGAAGAUCGAUUAUUGCAAUACUCACGCCGGCUAUUCCAGGUUGCGGACCUUACAUCUGCAUAACAUUGGGGUGGCGGUUGGCCCCUCAAGUCAGAUUUCGAGGCCUCAUGAAAACAGAGAUUGGCAAGAAAUUUAUGAUUAUUUCAAACAUUCUUUGGAAAUUGUUGGCCGUGAAAAAACCACAAAUGAGGUGAUGAAUCGGUUAAACGGAAAAGAUGAAGGCGGGCGCAUCAUUUGGUUGUCUUAUGGAGAAGGCACCGGCAAGUCCACUUUAAUCAGGUUCAUUUACAAUCAAGUAGAGGUAAAGAGAAAAUUUGAAUUGCGAGCUUGGGUUCGUGGUUCUCGAAAUUCUGAGCGCAGAGAGAUAGCGGCAAAUAGCGGAAAGGUCAAAAUCCGCUAUGAUAGCGUAGCGGGUAGCGUAGCGGUCGCUAUAGACAAAUAGCGGAUCAGUGAUUAAUCGCAGUCUAGUAACUCCAGUUACAGGAGGUGUGAAAGGGUAAGCUCUGUGAGAGUUGUCUUGCAUUCUUGCUAUGACCGAUGGGGACUAAGAGGAGACCAGAUGUUGUGCGAAGUGUAGAGGAGAGUCGGGAGGAGAAAAGUCGGAGGAGAGUUGAGAAGAGAGUUGGGAGGAGAAGAGUCGGAAGACCAGACAUGGGCGGGACGAGACCAGAGGAUGAGUUUUUUUAGCUUUUAGGGUUUUCUUCUUUUAAUUUAUAAAUAAAAAAGUUGAAA